CCUGUUGAUUAGCACUUCGAAGAGAGUCAGUCGAAAUCGGUAGCUCGAACCGAAAACAGCAAAGGUUCCAUCUAUUUUUACCUUGCAGAAAAAUAUUGCGUGCAAGUCGGCUCAUGGCAAGAAGAAACUUGAUGCGGGAAUCUCCAGAGAAUUACACGUGAAGAACAGGCGGAGUGCUAACUGUAACAGAUGUCUGCACUUUUUCGAACACACAACAUGACCACGUCAGCAAAAGCCACUUCAAAAAAUGCUCGGCCGUUCAACGGAAGUUGGAAUCUUUGGCAAAUCACGCUACCGAUAUUAAUCGUUUUUGCUGUCACACAAACAGAGACUCGACCAAAGACCGGAUAUCAUAGAAUAUCUUACAUUCCAAACAGAACGAGCCCUCAAAUAUAUGAUCUACAUAUAUCCAUCGAUUUGAAGCUUCAGCAACCGACCGAUGAUCAGAUUUACAUAACGUGAGAAUACGAUUGGCAGACGGCGAAUCUACACGGGAGACUACAAUUACUGAAACACCGGACACUUUACCUUUAACAAACCACAUGCCACCUGUGACGUUAUCUGAAAUUAUGUCAAAAAUGGCCAAAGGCACAGCGAGUCGAAUUCUUUCCUACAUGAACCAUCUUUCCGAUGCGUGUGAUGAUUUUUAUGAAUACGCUUGUGGAGAGUUCGAAGAUAACCAGCUCACGAUAGAAAAUGACCUCGCAGAACAAGCAAUGCAACGAAUUUUCACCGAGGCUCAAAAACGCCGAAGUGACGAACAGCCCUUUCUCGACUAUUACGAAAGCUGCCUGAAUUACGAAAAGACGACCAAUCAGUCUGAAAGAUUGGCAAACGUUCGACGAGCUGUACAAGAAAUCGGACGUUUUAAUUACACGGAUAACAUUGGGAAGGAUGAUACCCAACCUAAAUUCCGCGAUACGCUUCAGAGACUUCUCGAACGGAACAGCGCCCUCUUAUUCGACAUUACUCCAGACCUCGCAGUAAAAGAAGGGAAUUGUAACACAGAGCCAGAAACAGUUCAGUUUACUUGGAAAAUUGGGCCACUGAUCAGCAGAACUGACCCCUACACGAAUAGAAGAGCAGAGGAAUGCUAUAAACAGCUGGAAUCGGUGAGAAACGAACCGGAAGUGAAAUUUACAGAAGUCUACGGAACUUACAAAGAGUGCAAGAACUACUUGGGCACCUUUACAACGUCCAUCAAAGAUAGCGUGAAAAAAAUUUUCGGAACGGAUUAUGAUCAAUCGGAGCAAAUCGGGGUUGACGUUGAGAAGCUGAUUCAACCUUUCCUUGUGCCGGAGAUGGAUGAAGAUGAAAUCCGUAAGGCCUACGCAACCAAGAAAUAUAUCUUGAAGGGUGACGAUGACCUCUCUGUCAGAUCGGCACAUAAACAACCGCCAUUCCUUGAUUUCAAGAAACUAUUACCACCUCGAGCAAAUGUGGAAAGAAAACUCUGGCAUGGUUAUCUUCUUGAAGACCUUACUCGAGCUGUAAAGAAUGUCGCCUUGCGAAGCUAUCAGAUUCGUGACGAAACGUGGAUAAAUGAUGCUCUCCUCGCAAUUUACGCUCACGAUGUCUAUCACGAGUUUGCUGCUCCGCGCCACGAUGUCGAAAAUUACUGCAAGCGACUAGCAACUAACCUGAUGAAGACGCAUGCAUCCAGUUUAUACAUGUCAUCAUUCAAAAGCGAGGAACUCGAGGUCAUGGACAGAACGAUGACCGAAAUGUUUGAAAAAUUAAGGAAAACAUUGGAGUCGAAUGUGUUGAAACAGAAAUGGAUUGGGAAGAAGAGCAAAGAGGCAAUUUUGAAGAAAAUCGCAAGUCUCUCAAUCGCGACACCCGCCCACCGAACCGAUUAUCAUAAAUCAAACGACAAUGAGAUCGAACUCACAGGCGAUUUUUUCAACGACACAAUGGCGCUGCGGAAGAUGUACAGAACGUCCAUGUACCAGAUGCUGGAUAAACGGCCAAACGAAGAAAUAUGGACGUACUUCGCCCAACCGUACGACGCGUCGACUUCAUCUAUAUACGAGCUCGAGAAAAUAAUUAUACCGGUCGGAGCUGUAGAUUGGCGCUUUUUGGACCGUUCCUACACCACGUCAACGCAGCAUUUGGGGCUAGCUACUCUUGGAACGCUUAUCGCCAAUGAAAUUGCUCAUCAUUUUGACUUCACAGGCAUAAAUUACCUGAACGGUUGGAAAGGUAGGAAAGUGGCGCCUGUUUUCUGCUCUAACACGGAGGAUGAUACAGCUUACAGAAGCGACUACAAAAACCAUUACCAAAAUUUGAGGGGAAAAAUGGACUCCAUCUUCCUGCCAUCGACUUCUCAAAAUAUUCAUUACAGCAUAUCCGACCUCAGUCUCAAUGAGAGAUUCUCAGACGACGCCGGCCUGCGACUCGCCUACGAUACGAUGUUAAACUUACCCGCGGAAGCCAAAAUACCAUUGCCCUGGCUUUCGAACUCGGAAUCCAACGAGAUACAACAAUUCUUCUUGGCCUAUGCUCAGAUGCAUUGCACAAAGAAGCCUCUCACAACAUCCUUCAGAUCGCUCUACGAAGACGAAAACUUGCCAAGCCGACUACGGAUUGCGAUAACUGCCGCCAAUAACGAAGCCCUUGGAGAAGCCUGGCAGUGCAAAACGGGAACCAAAGUCCGCCCUGAGGAAAAAACAUAUAAUUUUCCUCACCUCGACGGUAUAGACUUCGGUCGUGAUAUCUAAGUACUCCCACCUAAUUAAUGAGUUUAUGUUUCAUCUCAAGAAACAGCCGUUUGUGUCAAAAAUAUACCAGUGAACUGUGAAAAAUAUCACUUCUAUAUAAUUACUAAAAAAUUCUAUUGAGAUUAGAGUAACGUUUCAAUAACGGUUUAUAUAUUGUUGGGGUUACAUUAAAAUUUGGUACGAGUACUCAUUCAGUGUGAUUGUAGUUAUCAAUACUAUAUUUUCUGCCUACUGCAACAGUUUUUUAAUCAACCAAGGCCACAACAUCAAUUUUUCGUUGCAUCAACAUCUAAUCACCGCAAUAGUUACAAAAAGACAUGGUACAGAUGACCAUAAUCAGAGAGAACAGUACUCACCCUUGAUUUUCUGGUUACAGUUACAAGAUUAUUUUUCAUUUUGUACCCAGAAAUAUAUUUUUGGUCAAGUUGAAAAAUGAGAAUAGUUAGGGACUGUACAUUAAAUGUGUAAUAUAUAUGAGAAUCGAUAACAAGUUCACAAAAUUAACCAAUUCGUGCAGUUCUGAGGGCAUAAACAUUGUCAUCUGUCUUAUAGAACCAUUCGGCUCGUCAGAAUCAGUCUGAUUCCGUGGUUUCUGAAAAAAAACAAUCUGCCUUGAAGAGUUAGGAGAUAAUUUUUUCAAUCUCCACGUUUUUAGUUCAAUCGAAAUAACUAUGAAUAACACGUAUCCGGUAUCAGGAAGUAUGGAACUGGGUUGCAUGCGACAUGAACACCCUUUAAGUUUUGAUUUGCCCAAGAUGGAUAUGCUUAUUUGUCUGAAAUAAACAAAAAGAGUUUAAUUA